AUGGUGCUAGCGCACAUCGAAAGCGAUAACAAUAAUUCUGUUAGCGGCAGUGGCAGCGAUAAGAAGUCCUUCUCGUUGCAUUGCUGUUGCGUGAUAGUCGACAUAACGCCAGUUUCACAGGCCGCACGUUUGACAUCGGCAACAACGGCCUCGGGAAGGGAUGUAACCGCUGGCGGUGGGGGCAGCGGUGGUGGUGGUGGCGGAGUACUCGGUGAUGGUGUCUCACAGCUAGCAAGCAGUCUGUUUCGUUUCGGCAGCAGUAAAAAGCGCGGUGUUUGUAUUUGUAAUGCCCAAUGUAGGCUGCAGUCGUUGGAACAAGCACAGCUCGGUCAGCUAGACCCAUCGUUAAAGGCACAUCACGGCUCCUUGGAUCGACUUUUACAACAGCAGCAGCAGCAACAACAACUGCAGCAAGCGCAACAUCGACCUACUGCCUCAGCCGUGCAUUCCAUUGGUGGCGUAAUUGACGGUGGAGGUUCUGGCGCCCUUCUCGGAUCAGCUGAUUCUGAUGGUGAUGGGGAUGAUGAGAAGGAGCCCGAAUUGCCACCACGUCCACCGUCACGCGCAAAGUCGAAUGUGCGCCAGAUAAAGGAGGAAUUCGAUCGUGGCGUCGAAGUUGAGAAAUUCUAUCACCAAAUCAACGGCGACAUAUUUGAGAUCACACGUAGGGUACGCGCCCGUGAUGAAGAUACUAUCGAACAGAAGGUGAUUAAGCGUAAAGGUUCCAUUCGUUUACCACCAGAGCCACCACCACGACAAUCGUCGGCAUCUCAUGGUCAAGUAUAUCACGGGCAUGAUCAUGGAAUCGGGCAACCGCAUCACGUGCAUCGUCAUGCGGCCGAUAGUAACAAGCCGCAGCUACCUCCACGUCGUCAGAAGAGUGCUGAAGAGGUACCCGUAUCAAAGAGUACCACUCGCGCACCAGAUGAACUAGAGUGGUUCGAUCGUAAAGCUCAGCAAAGACAUUCAGCACGCUCGGCCGAAAGCGGUGCUGUUCGUGAUGAUACUAUUGAGUGGCUAGAAAGACAAAGGGGUCCUGUGCGCACUUCUUCUGGUCCAAGCGAAAUCACUGUGAUGAAAGAUGAGGUACCCGAUUGGCUUUUAGAGCAUUUGCCUCGCAAACGUUCCAUGGUUGAAAGGCCAAUACCGUCAGAAUCAAAAACAAGUACCGCUUCCUACGCGAAAGCGCUUAAAGAGGAAUUGGCGGAAUUAUUGAAAAAACCUUUAUCUAGACAGAGUUCUGGUCCACCCGGAGAAUUUUCGAUUCUCAAAACUGAUAUUGUGGAAUGGCUGACAAAAUUGCAGACGUCAUCAAGAGGUUCCGCACGUGAAGAAGCGCCGCCUCCAAAAACCCGUCGAUCGCAUCAUAGGGGCAACGGCAGUGGUGAUACGCAACGAUCGCAUUCGCAAGAAGAUGCCACCGUCGCACAACAGGCGGCGCGCAAGCGGCACUCGCUGGGUCACAGUGACCGCAGCGAGGAAGAGAUGAUUGAUUGGAUUGCUUAUCCUUUGAACCGACUGCAAUCGCUAGGCAAGCCACCGCAAGCGCAGCAAGUCCAGACGAUAGACAGACGUCAGCCCUUUCUGGAUUCGCAUCACAAACCCGCACCUCCGCAACAGCCAAUAUGCACGGACCGUGAACGGCGAUCUCACGAGCGUUCGCGAACACGCAAACUUCGGCAUUCCGCCAGCGAAGUUGUAACUGCACCCACCACCUCCGCAGCAGCGCAAAGUCAGCUGGAACGAUUAUACGCCAAGCCGCACAAAGAGCGUUAUCAGUAUGUGCCUAAAGAAGCCAAGGAUAUAAUGUUGCCUCCUAAGGAGACUGCUAUGACCACUGCCGCCACCGCCGCAACCAGCGCUACUGUGCGUGAAUCGAAACGUGAACGAUCACGUCGCCAUCACACACAGCGAUCUGCUACAGUCUCGGACAUGUCCGGUCAUCAUAAUGGUGGCCUUAAAAGAAAAUCGUCAUCGGCUGAACGUGCGCCGCGUUCCCCUUCGCCUUGUAACGAUCCCGCCUGUCGUUUGCUCCCCAUCUGUACUGACCCGCACUGUCGUUUCCUAGAAUGCCAAACAAUGGAACGCGGCUCGCGUAUGACAGUGACCACAUCAGCGUCGACGAUGAACCUCGCACGUCAUCAACAGGUGGCGAGAGCACAAAUGCACACAGUGCCUGCACACAUAACGUCGGAUGAAACACCAACGCCGCCACCACCGCCUACAGCGUCACAGCAACAACAUAUGCAACAAUUCCAAGCAGUACCACAACGAAGCCUGGUUAUUUGUCAUGAGUGUCGUUCAUGUGCGCCAUUGCUCACCUGCCAGAAUCGUAAAUGCUUCAACGCCGCCAAGUGCAACUCACUGCCACGCAGCGCAGCAGAUUUCAAUCGGUUGCGCACCACACUCGCUCAGUCGCCAGCUACGCUCGACGAUAUAGAACCAGCGCCUGAGACACCUUCACCCCAAUUGCGCCAUCCAGGCAUGCAAUAUCGUAGCAACUCGCAACCUAACACCCUACAACGAGGCGACUCUGCUGCCGCUAUAUGGCAACAGGAGAGCAUGGCCACGGUGGGGAGCGGUACAAUGAUGGCUCCAGGCAUGACCCUCAUCUCGAGCUCACAACCACCGCUUCCUCCUUCGUCGCUACACAUUGGUUCUGCUAUGAACGGUCGGCUCUACUACAACGGUCGCAACGGUAAUGGCAUCCCACAUCUUAAUGGCACUAAUGGUAAAUUAAUGAAAUCCGCAUCGGCUGCAUCGCUUAAUUCGCGUCGGCGUCGUCACAAAACAGUGCAUUUCGGUGAAAAUUUACUACGCGAAGUUUGCCAAAAUCGUAAACUAAUCAAAACUGAACAAGUUCCGUCCGGUUCGGCGCCAAUGAAAGCCAACAUACAGAUGCUAUAUAAUUUUGUAGAAGGUGUGUUGAGUGCGUGGGUGGACGACGACGAAGAGCAGGUGCGUUCCGGUGCUGAAUCAGAGCCUGAACAGGGCACUAUGGCACUGAAACCGAUUUAUCGAUGCAAUCGGUUACGUUACCAGUGCAUCAAACGAAUCGUAGAGGAAGCGGCUGAACUACAGGGCACACUAAAACUUGGUAAUUCGCGUUAUCGUCAUCGACAUUGGCGCAGCACUGCAAAGCAGUGCAACGAAAUGUUUUUGCGAAAGGCAAUUAUUUCAAUAAUGCAACUAUCAUUGACGCAAAGGGAAAUUGAAGAAUGUUUGUGUGAAGAUUUACCUUCAGGACCUGAUUGUGAAGCCAGUUCCGAUGAGGAUGAAAAUUUAGACUCGCCUGAGUGGCCAGUGUCAAAAUCGAUAUUGGAUGUGUGUGGGGCAGAUGUACAGAAUAUCCAUGAAGAGCUAUUCAUAUCAUACCAUUAUCAAACUUUGUAA